AUGCAGCUGGCCGGGGAGCAGCUCUUGGGCAGCGCGGCCGCCCUGCCCGGCGCGCCCUUCUACCCGCUGGAGGGGGCGGGCGGGCGGCCGUCGGGGCGCCUGCUGGGCUCGGCUUCGCCGCCGCGCCUCGACUUGGACAAGGCGGCGAAGAAGUUCGGCGGGGCCGCCGCGGGGCAGGCCAUGCUGGGCGAGGGCGAGGCGGGCGAGGCGCCGCCGCCGCCGCCCCCCUUCGCGGCCGGCCAGGGGGCCGCCAAGGGCGGGGCGGAGCGCAAGGGCUCCCCCGGGCCGCCCGAGGAGGAGGCGGCGCUGCCGCCCCCGCCGGCCCGCUACGCGCUGGACGGCUUGAGCGCCGAGCGCUACUACCUGCCCUCGCCCGGCCCGCAGGCCGGCGCCGACCCGCUGGGCGGGCCCUGCGCCCUCUUCCCCUACGCCGGGGGCGGCCAGGCCGGCGCCAUGUACCCCCCGGCCGGCGGGCCGCGCUACCCCUACGGCUCGGUGCUGUCGCCGCCGCCGCCCGCCGCCUUCUCGACGGGCAGGGCGCCCUUCGGCGGCGCCUACCAGUACGGCCAGGGGGGGCCGCCGGCCGGCCUCUACGGGCCCUACCCGACGGCGGCGGCGGGGGGCGGCUCGUGCGGCGGGCUGGGCGGGCUGGCCAUGGCCGGCGGGGCGGGCGGCCUCCGCGCCCAGGUCUUCCUCUGCAACCGGCCGCUCUGGCUCAAGUUCCACCGGCACCAGACCGAGAUGAUCAUCACCAAGCAGGGCAGGCGGAUGUUCCCUUUCCUGAGCUUCAACAUUACGGGCUUGAACCCCACAGCCCACUACAAUGUCUUUGUGGAGGUGGUGCUGGCAGACCCGAACCACUGGCGCUUCCAGGGGGGGAAGUGGGUGACUUGCGGCAAGGCCGACAACAACAUGCAAGGCAACAAGGUUUAUGUUCAUCCUGAAUCUCCCAACACUGGAGCCCACUGGAUGAGGCAGGAGAUCUCUUUUGGGAAGCUGAAACUGACCAAUAACAAGGGAGCCAAUAAUAAUAACACCCAGAUGAUAGUGCUUCAGUCGCUGCACAAGUAUCAGCCUCGGCUCCACAUCGUAGAAGUGACCGAAGAUGGCGUUGAAGACAUAAACGACUCUUCUAAGACCCAGACGUUUAAUUUUCCCGAAACGCAAUUCAUAGCUGUUACUGCCUAUCAGAACACUGAUAUCACACAGCUUAAAAUUGACCAUAAUCCUUUUGCAAAAGGUUUCCGAGACAACUAUGAUUCCAUGUACACAGCUUCAGAAAAUGACAGAUUAACUCCAUCUCCCACGGAUUCUCCUAGAUCCCACCAGAUUGUCCCAGGAGCCCGGUACAGCGUACAACCCUUCUUCCAGGAACAAUUUGUCAACAACUUGCCACCUGCUAGAUUUUAUAAUGGGGAAAGGACUGUACCUCAAGCAAACGGUCUCCUCUCUCCUCAACAGAAUGAAGAAGUGACCAAUCCCCCCCAGAGGUGGUUUGUCACUCCAGUCCAACAGCCAGGGGCCAACAAACUGGACAUGAACUCUUACGAAACUGACUACUCUGCCAGUACUCUACUUCCUUACGGUAUAAAAUCCCUUCCUCUUCAGACAUCCCAUGCCUUGGGCUACUAUCCUGAUCCAGCUUUCUCCUCCAUGGCAGGAUGGGGGAGCAGAGGCUCUUACCAGCGGAAAAUGUCCACUGGCUUACCUUGGACCUCCAGAACAAGUCCCCCGUGCUUCUCUGAAGAUCUGCUCUCUAAGGAGAAAGUGAAAGAAGAAAUGGGGUCAUCCUGGAUAGAGACGCCACCAUCCAUAAAGUCUCUAGACUCAAAUGAUUCUGGAGUCUACACCGGUGCUUGUAAAAGGAGACGACUCUCUCCAAGCACCUCAAGCAACGAAAAUUCUCCGACCAUGAAGUGUGAGGACAUAAAUGCGGAGGACUUUGGCAAAGACUCUUCAAAAGGCAUGGGUUAUUAUGCUUUCUACACCAGUUCUUAAGACCUUUGAGGUCCUGGCUUCAUGUUAAAAUGUGACUGGCUAUAUAUAUAUAUAUACAUAUA